AUGAGUUGGGGGUGGAGGAAAAUCCUCUCCAUUCGCGAGCUGGUUCGGCCGCAUGUUUGGUUUACUAUUCGAAGUGGGACGCAAACAAAUGCAUGGAGCGAUAAUUGGAGUGAAUUCAGCCCGCUCAGAUCCUUUAUUACGCCGAGACACAUUGCCAAUGCAGGUUUUAACCUCCAGUCUUCGGUUGCGGAUCUGAUUGAUGAUCACUCUCAAUGGAAAUGGCCUCAAGCUUGGAACGACUUGUACCCGGUUUUAAUUAACUUACCGGUUCCGACUCUAGAUCAAAAUAUGGAGGAUAGAAUCAGUUGGAAGGACCGGGAUGGAAACAAGUGUAGCUUCGGAUCCGGGGUGGUGUGGGACUCUAUACGCAACAGGGAAGGAAUCGUUUCGUGGGCUAACAUGGUGUGGUUCGCUCAGUGUAUCCCGAGACAUUCGUUUCAUAUGUGGCUUGUUUGCAAAGAUAAGCUAAAGACGCAAGACAGAUUGGCGGCAUGGGAAGCAGGAAGCGAAACUAACUUAAGGUUAAUGUGUUGUCCUCUUUGCAGGUACGGCCGGGACUCGCGUGAUCAUCUUUUCUUUCAAUGUUCCUAUGCGUCUAAAAUUUGGAACAAUGUGAAGACAAUGGUGGAUUUGGAUAGUGUUUCUGACCAAUGGAGCUCUAUUAUGGUAUGGAUGGCUAAAUAUGCUGAUUCGAAGAUGUUGGUUCAUGUUAUUUGCAAGAUUCUUAUAGCUGCAUCUUCGUAUUUUGUUUGGCAAGAGAGAAACAACCGAUUAUUCUCUCAAAAUUGCCGAACUCCAGAACAGGUGGCGCAGGUGAUACUUCAUACGGUCCGGUUAAAAGUGAUGGGGUUCAAAAAGGACAGCAAUCCGGUGAACAGGAGAAUUUUAGAGAAAUGGAAGAUCUCUACAGAGAAUCAACUUAAUGAUCCAGGCUAA